UUAAACGCGGCAAGAACCCGUUAUUAUGUGUUUUAAUUAAAAUAAUUGAUGCUUGAUAUUUGGUUCAGAUUAUGUAUCAAAUUAUGUUGCUACCUAUAUUGCUUAACCUUUAUUUUGAUCGGAAUAAUAAUGGGUUUAUGAUGUAUUGUGCCUAGGUGUAAUAAAAAGGGUAUUCAUUUAUAUCCAAAAAUAAAGAUAAAAGAUUCAUUGUAUAUGUUUCUUAAUAAUACGACCGUGCCAACAAACCGGAUUGACAACUUCAGUGAUUGGCGAACAAAUUUGCCAACGUCAUUUUGUAGUACUCAAGUGAUGGAAACGUGACGUAUCCUGUGCUUAUUACUAUUGUUUUCUUUUUUUUUACACCUUUUAAAAAAAAUAGUAGUUAUUUUAAGUACCUAUAUAUUCUGUUUGACGUGUAGUGUGUACAAAAUAACAGUCUCUAACAGUUACCAUAAAUCAUGGAAAAUAUACCAGAAGACAGGAUUUUGAAAUUUCAUCGAAACACUCUGGAAGAUGUGAGAAAAACAUACGGCUAUGAAAGUUCCGCUGAUAUGAAGAAUGCUGUCGAUAUCUUGGAUGAAUGGAUGAAGACGCAGAACCAUUUCGUGAAGAAAGAUUUCAGUAGAGAGUAUUUGGAAAGAACAAUAAUUACAACAAAAGGAUCUGUAGAGAGAGCCAAAUCGAGAUUGGACAAGGUUUGCACACUCAGGACGUUAAUGCCACACUUCUUCGGAGAGUACGACGUGAAGGAAUACUUCAAAGAAUAUUACUACAAAUAUUUUACGCAUGCUGCUAUGCCACAGAUGACUGAAGAUAAUUACAGGGUUUUCGUACUCAAAAACGUGGGGAGCAAAUACGAAUCGCGAAAUUUCUUGGACUACUACAGAUUGUUUAUAAUUUUCGCCGAAUAUUUGAGGGCCCACGAUUAUGCAAAUGGGUACAUCUUCGUCAUGGACUACACUGAACUGAGUCUGAUGGAUUUUCUCCCGAAAAUGAACCCUGUGGAUUUGCGACAAGCUUUGACAGUGUUAAUGGAAGGCUACGGUGUGAGAAUAAAAGGCAUUCACCUAAUAACACAGUCUAAAUUCAUCGACGGUGUAGUGGCGGUCUUCAAACAAGUGCUCAGUACUAAAGUUGGAGAACGGAUACAAGUUCAUAAAGACAUGGAUUCCUUGCAUAAAUUCGUUCCUAAGGAGAUCUUGCCUAGAGAAUAUGGAGGCGAAGAUAAGUCAUUAAGGGAACUUCAUGAUGCAUGGGUUGAAGUGUUAAGUUCAGAAAGUCACACAAUGUACCAGAAAAUGAUGAAUGCUGCCAAAACUGACGAGUCACUCAGACAGACAGACAAGUUCAAUGAUCAGUAUAUGGGGAUGCCUGGCACCUUCAGGACACUCAGUGUCGACUGAUAGUUAUAUAGACGAAGCAUGUGGUGGUUGCCUAGUCUUUUUGUUUUUUUUUUAUUAUAAAUUAAUGGAACAGUAAUUUUGUUUAUAUAAAAAAAGUAAAAAACACACUUAUACAUACUCCUUUUUUACUUUUUUGUAAUGUAUAAUUUUGUAAUGUUUUGUGUAUUUUGUGUGUUUUGUUUUGUAUUUUGUGUGUAUUUUACAGGACAAAUAAAAAAAUAAAUAAACAGCCUACAUAUACAGGGUUUCGUGACAUCGUAACGACAACUUUAAAUGAUGAUUCAGAUCAUUUGUACAUUUUAUAAUUGAUAAAUACAUAAUUUAUUUA